UCCAAAAUACUUGCAUAAGCCGGUCGGCUUCGGCAGCUAGAGAAAGAAAAAGUAAAGAGUUUUUUUUUAAUAAAAACCCACACUCACAAAUAUUAUAUUUGCCUGUUUUCUGAUGUGUAAGAAGAUAUAAUACACUUUAUAUAGAGAAAGAACAAAUAUUAAAGAAACAACGACAACGACAAAAUUUGUUCCGUACCAUAUUUCGGUACGGUUUCGUUUCGGCACUCUCUUGUUGGCUUAUCAUUUUUUUUUUGAUAACGAACGAAAAAAAAAAAAAAACAGCAAUUUGUUUAUUUUUCAUAUUGUGUGUGUGUGUUGUUGUUGUUUGUGUCAAAUUUUUGCACAAAAUUUUGAAUUGCAAUCUGAUUUUGAUUUCUUUAAUCACAAUCAAACAAUAGAACUAUGGCUAAUCUAGUGUGGAGUAUUAAAAAUGGCGAAUUGGACCGAGUUCAAGAAGACAUCGAAAUCAAACAAAUUGAUGUAAAUAGUGAAAUAAAUGGAAGAUAUCCUUUGCAUUAUGCUGCAGAUUUUGGACAAGUUGAGGUGCUGUCUUAUUUAAUUGAGAAGGGGGCUAAAGUUGAUGUGGCAGACAAACAUGGAAUUACACCCCUUCUAGCAGCUAUUUGGGAGGGACACACCAAAUGUGUUCAAAUGUUACUAGAAAAGGGUGCCUCAAAAUCAGGUGCAACACCAGAUGGAAUUCCAUAUAUUGAUGCAGCAGAAAAAGAAGACAUUAAAACACUUCUUAAGUAAUAACAAAAAAAAAGAAAAUAUUAUUUAAUUCCACAAAAAAGUUAUAAAAUAAAACACAAUAUAUUGUGUCACAAUAGAAAUAAAUAAAAUGAGAAUGCAAAAUUAUAAAAAGAAAACGCGUACCAUCCAAAUGCAUCUUAAUAAAGCAUAAAGGCAUACAGAAAAAAGUUAUAUAAAUUUUUUUUUAUGCGUGGGCUUGUAUAACAAAAUAUAUAUCAAUAUAAAAAAUGUAUUUAUAUUGAUGUGUCAAGCAUAUAUAAACUCACGGGCGCAUUUUUAUUUAUCAACAUUUAUUAUAUUCAUUCACCUAAGCUAUCGUAAACAAAAACAUAAAAGUCAAAAAAGCAACUGUCAUCUUUCGUAAUUUGUAACAAAACAAAAAUAAAUUAUAUAUACUCUUGAGUUUAAAUUUUGUUGUAUGGUAUUCCAAUAAUUUAUUUAAAUUAAAACUAAAACGAAAAAUAAUAAUCACAGGAUGAGAGUGUAAAAUUUCUGUUCACGUAGGAAGAGUGUUAUUUAUUUUUAUUUAUUAAUAUAAAAUGGCGUGAAUUAACGUAUUAAUUAAAAUUAUUAAGUAACAAACAGCAUUAUUUAUUGAUAAUUUCUUUUUUUUUUAUAUUUUGUUUUAAAUGAAACAAGUAAGACGGAA